AUUUCAGCAUGUGGUGGAGAAUUGGAUUUACCAACAAGUGUCAUUACUUCCCCCAAUUUUCCUCAUGCUUUAUCAUUCAGAAGAUAUUGCCGAUGGAUAAUUUCUGUAGAAGAAAACAGAAGGAUAACUUUUACUUUCACACAUUUUAAUCUGAAAAAGGAUCCUAUCAAUGGCACUUGUUUAAGUGGAUUAAGAAUAAUUAAUGGAACAAGACCUUAUUAUGGUUUAAAUGGAUACAUAUGUGGAAAUGUUAUACCUCCUCCAAUAGAUUCUAGCAGUUAUAAUGCUCUUAUUUUAUACUAUUCUUAUGGUACUUCUGCAGGUGAAGGAUUCAGAUUGGUAUAUACUUCAGAUAAAGAAAGAGAAUGUGGAGGUAAACUACUCUCUCCAUCAGGUGUAUUUUCUUCACCAGGUUUUGAAAAUGGAACUUACAACAAUAAUGCGGAAUGCACUUGGCGACUUCGAAAUGAAGGAAAUGUUGCUAAAACGUUAGCAGUUAGAUUUGAUAUUCUUGAUAUUGAUAUUCUUGAUGUUGAUAUUAAUCCAAAUUCAACUUGUUUUAAUGAUUUUGUUGUUAUUCAAGAUGGUGACCUUACAGAAGUAAUUGGAAAUUCUAAACGAUUAUGUGGAAAUCGUACUAAUGAAAAAAUUGUUGUUACAACUCCAUCUUCAGGUUUAUUGAUAUCAUUUCAUACAGAUUCAAAUAGAACUGCCAGAGGAUUUAAUGCAUCGUAUAGUAUUCAAAAUUGUGGAGGAAUAAUUGAGGAUAGUGAAUCUAAUAUUUCAUCACCAUCUUAUCCUAACAAUUAUCCACCUAAUACUGAUUGUCAUUGGAUUUUUGAAGUUGAACAUGGAUCUAAAAUAAAGUUAACUUUUGUGGAUUUUCAAUUAGAAAAUGAUUGCAACAAAGAUUUUGUUAAGUUAAUAAAUGGAAAAUGGUGGGAUUCACCUACUAGCCAUACACUUUGUGGAACUAACCAUCCAAAUGAAAUUAUUUCUGAAAGUAAUUAUCUUACUGUCUUAUUUCACUCUGAUAACAUAGGAUCAGCAAAAGGAUUUAAGUUUUUAACAUCAACUGUUCAUCAUGGAUGUGGUGGUUUUAUUAGACAUGAAACAAGUAGUGAUCAAGGAACAAUAUUUUCACCAACAUCAGAAACAAAUAGUCGUUAUCCGAAUAAUAUAGAAUGUAUAUGGAUUUUGGAAACAAAGCCAGAUUUUCAUUUCUUGUUAUCAUUUCCUGGCAGAUUUGAUAUUGAACAAAAUUGCAACGAUUAUGUUCUAGUGGAGGAUUAUUAUAAUCAAAAAUGGAAUUUAUUAGGAAGGUUUUGUGGUCUCCACAAUCCAGCAGAUAUAAUUAGCAGAUCAAAUCUUGUAAGAGUAAAAUUCCACAGCAAUGAAAAUAACAAUGCAGAUGGUUUUCAACUUAAUCAUAGGAUUAAAAAUAACAAGUGA